AUGUCACUAGGUACAAGAAUAAAUGGUUACUUCCGUGAAGGUAGCGAGCGAGCUCGCCGACUUAUUCUUCUUCGACCCUCUCGUUCUCUCCCACGAGGUGUGUUAGUUGGGCCAAGACGAGUAAUUGAUCCAGAGUCAGGCCAAGUAUCCCACGAAACAACAUCAAGGGAACUUCAAGUAUCUGAUUACCAUUGGGAUUUUCAAUUUGAAGAGCUUUUAGAAGAACAAUGGGAAGAUUCGGAUGACGGUGAACCAAUUACUGUCGAAGAAGCCAUUAUCUCCUCAACACGACGCAGAAAACCGGGUGUUCCGCGUUUAAUUCAGCUCGCAGUUGCUAGUAUUGUAAAGAACGUUGCCGACAUUACUUAUGAAAACAUUCAGUAUAUGGCACCACUUCAUCUCGAGUUUAUCUGGCGGGAGUUGACCAAGAGAUGUGUGAAUAGUUUCAAUACCUGGAAGGCCUUUUCAAAGGUUCUUGGUCGACAAAGAGGCGCUAUUUUGAACCAGUUUCGAUAUAGCAAUGCUAUUACAGAACCAAUUCCGUCCUUGUCCGUCUAUACAAAGCCACUUACUUCAGCCACUUUUGACUAUCUCGUGCAUUUGUCUAUUACCACUGCUUUUAGUACUUCGGACUUGGUCGAACUAUCAACUCUCACCAAUCUAGUAGCGCUUGAGGUUAUCAACCCAAAGCAGGACAACCAUCUCAAAAAUACCGGCAAAUUAUUCGACAGCAGCUUCGGCGACCGGGUAAUCAAAACAUGGAGCGAAUCCGCAAUUGAAAGCAAAGGUUUCCAGGUUCUGAGGAUAUUGAAGCUUCGAAACUUCAAAGAAAUCACCAACAAUUGCUUCCAAUAUCUGAACGGUUUCCCUGUUCUAGCUGUCUUCGAUGUUCUUGAUUGCGGUUUUGAAGGAUUGGCACAGCUUGGCGCGGAGGCAUUUGGAUGGGAAGUCCAUCCUGAUGGAGCGUUUCUCGAGAUAUUACAGUCAGCCUGUGUAAAGCAUAGUAUGGCGUUGCGCACCACUCUUGGUCUCCCAGUAAGACCAGUGCGUAGAUCUGCUGCAAAGCCUUUGUAUGAAAAAGCCAAGAUUACGAUGAUUCCUCGAGCAGAUGUACCAGCCUUCCUUGCAGGAGAUCGGGCUUCCUCUUCAACAGCAGCACGAAAUAGCGCUUAUGUCGAUGCUGAAGAGCGAGUAACAAGAUUGGAGCAAACCCCCUCUGGCCGCGCCAGACUCGCACGAAUGGGCUUCUCACACUUCGAGGCCGUGGAUUACAUGAGUCGUAGAGCUGUGCGUGAGCUUGAAACAUGGGAAUUCCGCACUUACACGGCUCUCAAUCGCAUCAGCGAGCUCCGUAACGAUGAGGACUUGCGCGCUGCUGGUAUCGAUGUCGGUGAUUCGGUUCCGUUGGUCUCGGGUGAAGUUAUUUCUGCUGUUCCUGUGGCUUCUGUUCGUCUGGGUCCAGAGCUGUUGUAUCCGCUUGCGCGCGGACAGCUACAUCAGCCGUUCUAUGAUGGCGGGGUGGCUGAUCGCUCGCUCAAAUUUACUAGUAGGGAUUUGGGGGUUAAUGCAAAGGGAUACGUUUAUACUCGUAUCAAGGUUGCUACUGCAAGAACUAGGACGCGGGAGCAGGCUGAGGGAGAGGCUGAGGGAGCGGGAGAGGGAGGUGGAGAGGCUGAGGAUGAGGCUGGACGUGAGGCUGGACGCGAGGCUAGGGGCUCGGGUUCUCGCCAAAGUAAGCGUAGAAAGGUUAGGGGAGAGAAGCGACAGCAGUUAGGCGACCUCUUGGCGGGGGUAAUGGGGGUUAUUUAG